GUGGCUGCUGACGCACGUUCCGGGGUUCUUAAGCGGCGAGGGCGGCGGCGGCCGAGGCAGCGGCGGUGCCGGAGCCGGUUCCGGGAGGCGGCGGUGGCCUCCGUGAGGGGCGGCGGGGUCCAAGUCGGUGCCCCGGCUCAGUCACAGUGUCCCUUUCCCACUGAACCCCCCUCCUUCCACCACGGCCGCGCCGCCAGGGCUCCCGGGGUUUCCUAGGCGGGGCAGGGGACGGGGUGCGUCUCCUGCCGCGGCCGCCGGCCCGAUCAAUGCGGGACUUCGGGUUCGGGGUGCUGCACACUGCCCUGCUGCGCAGCGGCAGCCCCCGGUCCUCGCCCGGCGGCGGCUCCUACCGGCCCUUCGCCGCCGGGCCGCCCGCCACGCCCUUCGGCCCGCUGUCGCCGCCGCCGUUGCCUGUCACCGGCUUCUCGGAGGCCGCCUCCCCCUUCGCCAUCCCCUCGGGCGGCGGCGCGGCCAGCCCGGCCGCAGCUUCCUCUUCCUCCCCGCUCGUGGCGCAUCAGCAGGCCGUGCAGGAUGAACUGCUGCUCGGGCUGACACAGCAGCCGGCGAGGCCGCUCUCGGGGGCGGCGGCCGCGGAGCAGCUCCCCAGCCACCACCCCGGCGGCGGCACGAACGCGGGUGUGACCCACCUCCUCCCCUCCCAGGACUUCAAACCGAGUCUGCACCACCCCUCCUCCUCCUCCGCCUCCUCCUGCUGCUGCUGCCGCACCUCCUCCCCGCAGGACUUCAGUAAGCGGCAGCAGCAGCAGCUGAGCAGCCAGAAGAGGAAAGAGUUGAGCCCGCCACACCGUCCCCACCCUCCGGACGCCAAGCCGCCGCCGCCACCGCCGCCGCCGCCGCUACACUGCCCCGGUCGCUUCAGCUCGCCGCCGCCGCCGCCGCCACCACCACCGCCCGGGCCGCUCCUGCAGUCGGCGCCGCUCGCCCAGCGCCCGCAGCCGUUCAGCCUCCCGCACACGCAGCACCUCCCGCCGCAGGACUUCGCCCCGCGGCAGCGCCCGGCCGAUCUGCCCCCGCUCCCGCAGCUCCCACCCUCGCCGCCCGCAGCCCCGCGGCGCCGCCACGGAGGCGCGGGAAGCCCUCGCCAGACCCCGGCCGCGGGCGAGGGCAGCGCCGCCGCCCCCAAUGCGGGCUUGCCCCCCUCGACGCCGCCGGUGAACCCCGCACCGGGCUCCAUGGAGUCGCCCAACCACCCUCUGCUCAACAGCCCCAGCACCCUCCUGCCCGGCGCGGCGCUCGGCACCAGCGCCUUCAGCAGCCUGCAGAGCCCGGACCUGCCGCACCCGGGCGGCGGCGGGGGCGGGGCCCCCGGAGGCGGAGGGGGAGGCGGCUCCGCGUCUCCGCCACCGCUGCCCGGUUUCGACCCCUGGUCGGUGCAGACCGCCUCGCCGCCGCCGCCCCAGCCUCCGCCGGCGUCCCAGCAGCAGACCCAGCAGCCGCCGCAGCCGCCCCAGCAGCCGCCGCAGCCACCCCCGGGCUCGUCGGCCGCCACCCCGGGCGGCGGUGGCGGCGGCGGCGGCGGCGGCGCGGGCGGCUCUCUGAGCGCCAUGCCGCCGCCCAGCCCGGACUCGGAGAACGGCUUCUACCCCGGGCUGCCGUCGUCCAUUAACCCGGCCUUCUUCCCGAGUUUCUCGCCGGUGUCGCCGCACGGCUGCGCGGGGCUCAGCGUGCCGGCCGGCGGCGGCGGCGGCGGCGGCGGCUUCGGCGGCCCGUUCUCGGCGCCCGCGGUGCCCGCGCCGCCCGCCAUGAAUUUACCUCAACAGCAGCCGCCGGCGGCGGCGCCGCAGCAGCCGCAGAGCCGGAGGUCGCCCGUCAGCCCGCAGCUGCAGCAGCAGCAUCAGGCGGCCGCAGCCGCCUUCCUGCAGCAGAGGAACUCGUACAACCACCACCAGCCUCUUCUGAAACAAUCUCCUUGGAGCAACCAUCAGAGCAGCGGUUGGGGCACUGCGAGCAUGUCCUGGGGUGCGAUGCACGGCAGAGAUCACCGCAGAAGUGGAAACAUGGGCAUUCCAGGAACUAUGAAUCAGAUAUCUCCACUGAAGAAACCGUUCUCUGGUAAUGUUAUAGCACCACCGAAAUUUACCCGCUCUACUCCGUCACUGACUCCAAAGUCGUGGAUUGAAGAUAAUGUGUUCAGGACAGACAACAAUAGUAACACACUCUUACCCUUACAGGUGAGAUCUAGUUUGCAGUUGCCAGCUUGGGGCUCAGAUUCACUCCAAGAUAGUUGGUGCACUGCAGCCGGAACAUCCAGAAUAGACCAGGAUCGAAGUAGAAUGUAUGAUAGCUUAAAUAUGCACUCUCUGGAAAAUUCUCUUAUUGAUAUCAUGAGAGCAGAACAUGAUCCUCUCAAAGGUCGUUUGAGCUAUCCACAUCCAGGAACUGACAAUCUAUUGAUGUUAAAUGCAAGGAGUUAUGGGCGAAGACGAGGCCGAUCCUCCCUGUUUCCAAUAGACGAUAGCUUAUUGGACGAUGGUCACAGUGAUCAAGUUGGUGUUCUAAACUCACCCACAUGUUACUCAGCCCAUCAAAAUGGAGAGCGAAUAGAACGCUUUUCUCGAAAAGUUUUUGUUGGUGGGCUUCCUCCAGAUAUUGAUGAAGAUGAGAUUACUGCCAGCUUCAGAAGAUUUGGACCUUUGGUAGUAGAUUGGCCCCAUAAAGCAGAAAGCAAAUCCUAUUUUCCACCAAAAGGCUAUGCAUUCCUCCUCUUUCAAGAAGAGAGCUCAGUUCAGGCACUCAUUGACGCUUGCAUUGAAGAAGAUGGAAAGCUCUACCUGUGUGUUUCCAGCCCUACUAUCAAGGACAAACCUGUUCAAAUCCGUCCUUGGAAUUUAAGUGAUAGUGAUUUCGUCAUGGAUGGGUCUCAGCCUUUGGAUCCCCGAAAAACAAUUUUUGUUGGCGGUGUUCCUAGGCCAUUAAGGGCUGUGGAACUUGCUAUGAUCAUGGACCGGCUGUAUGGUGGCGUGUGUUACGCUGGAAUUGAUACGGAUCCAGAACUAAAAUACCCAAAAGGUGCUGGGCGAGUUGCUUUCUCCAAUCAGCAGAGCUACAUCGCUGCCAUCAGUGCUCGAUUUGUUCAGCUUCAGCAUGGUGAUAUUGAUAAGCGUGUGGAGGUAAAGCCAUAUGUGCUGGAUGACCAGAUGUGUGAUGAAUGCCAGGGUGCACGCUGUGGUGGAAAAUUUGCCCCCUUUUUUUGUGCCAAUGUCACUUGCCUGCAGUAUUACUGUGAGUUUUGUUGGGCAAAUAUCCACUCUCGUGCAGGACGUGAGUUCCAUAAGCCAUUGGUGAAGGAAGGUGCUGAUCGUCCGCGUCAGAUCCACUUUCGCUGGAAUUAAGUACAGCAAACUGGCCUCCGUAUAACAAGGAAAGAAAGGGUGCAUGUGGCUUACUGUGCUGAAGAUACUGACCUGCAGAAGAAAUAAGUGCAUUCUUCUGCUUCUCACCCAGCUCU